AUGGAGGAGCGGGAUGGCGACGACUAUCCAGCGCCUGUGAGGCCAUUUGGUACAGACGAAACGGACCAGCAGACGCAAUCCAUGUUCAAGCGCACCUACGCACGCUUCCGCGAAGAACUACCCGAGUACGACUUUCUCGAGAGCUUCACGCCCUUCCACAGCAGUUAUGACGCCUGGCACUUCUUUGGAACGAAGCGAAGCAAAGCCGUGCCGCAUGGUGGUAAAACGAGCACGACGUCAGGGUCUACGCCGACCACAUCGAAUUACAACUACGCCGAAUCAGACGAAACGGAGAAAGAGAAGGAUGUCUAUGUCGUCGCACGCGUCUCCGUCCAUUCGCUGCGGCUCGAGCGAGAGUACAAAGUUCUGCAAAAGCUGGUGGCAGAAUCGGAUCCGGAAUGCCGGCAUGUCGUAAGGCCGCUGCAAUUCGUUCGGCUGCCCGCUCGGCAACAUGGGGAUGUGCCAAUGGCGGUCUCGCUCGUUGAAGCACCGGGCAAGAGUGUUUUACACGAGCUUGUGGAGUUUGGACCGAACUUUUACGCAGGAUCGCCAGAUUCUCCGCAGAUCCAGAGACAAGGCCAGUUCCCGCUGUUGAUGUUCCUCGAUUUUGCGAUUGGUGCUUGCGAGAGUUUGGAGAUUCUGCAUCAUGGGCAAGAGCUGGUCCACGGCGAGAUCAGACCCGAUGCUUUCCACUUCCACAAGGACACCUGUGUUGUUCGGAUGAUCAACUUUGGCUCUGGAGCAAGAAGUUUCGAGCGAGGCUUGACAUCUGCUGGCUGGGCGAGUCUGGUUUCGGAGCGCGGCGUACAGCACAAGCUUCAAUUUAUUGCACCGGAACAAACUGGACGCUUACCAGCUGAGCCAGAUUCGCGAACAGAUAUAUACUCUCUUGGAGUGCUUUUCUGGACGAUGUUAACGGGCAUGCCGGCCUUCGAAGGGAAGACGCCUCUGGAUAUUAUGCAGAAUGUUCUUUCUAGGAGGAUCCCUCCUGCUCAUACGCAACGUCGAGAUAUCCCGGAAGCACUGAGUGCGGUGCUCACCAAGAUGUCAUACCGAAGCAUGGACGAUCGCUACAACAGCAUCACCGGCGUAAAACACGACCUUCAGUCGAUAAAGCGGAUCAUGGUUGAUGCUGACAAAGAAGCUCUGGAGAAGUUCAAGGUUGGAACGACAGACAUAUCAUGUUUCUUCAAUCUCCCUACUCAGCUCGUUGGCCGCGACGACCAAAAGCAGACUAUCCUGGCUGUCAUCGAAAAGGCCGCCCAACGGUCAGCUCGUGCCGCCCCGAUCGCGCGCAAAGGGCUGUACAGCUUAAGUUCCCGGACCUCGAUGUGGUCCAGCGAUCGAGCCGACAUUUCCUUGCUCGAAGAUAUAAUCAGUGACAGUACUUCUUCCAACGAACGCGACCGCGAUUCACGACUGAACUCGAUUCCAGAGAUGUCGCCUUUCGACGUCGUCCGGAAUAAGCGCAUGUCUCCUAGAAACGGCAGCGUAGGGUCUUCUACCAACUCAAUGGUUGACGAAUCAGAUUACAAGCCUUUACAAGAGACCAGGUCAUCGCAAGACAGUCGUGGAUCCGUGAUGGAUAAUAGCUCAGUCCAGCGAUCAACGUCCAACCACCAGCUGAACGGCGACGCUAGCUCGCUGAUGCGGACAGCCCAAAAGCUGAAACGGAAGGGACGAACUGAGCUCGUUGCGAUAUGCGGCGCCGCAGGCUUCGGCAAGUCAAGUCUUGUCCAGAGCAUCACUCCCGCAGCUCGACGACAUGGCUACUUCACUUCGGCCAAGUUCGAUCAGAUUAAGACCACGCCGUUUCAGCCAGUGAUACAGCUCAUGUCGUCUCUGUUCCGGCAGAUCUUCUCCGAGCACGAUGUCAGUACACCUUUCCACGACAACAUUCGGACAUUCGUCAAGCCAUUUUGGGGCGUCCUGCACUCGUACCUGCAGUUACCUGUCUGGUUGCUGACAUCGUCGGCUGGUGGCUCAGGCAUGAGCAAAUCUUCUAUGACACCGAAUUCGAUGCUGAACGGUGCGGCUCCGGAACAGAGAAAGAUGUGCAGCCAGCAGUCGACUUCCGACUGGUUGCGCGCCGGUGGGUCGAACAAGGCGUCGAGGUUUAUGCACAUCUUUCUGGACACCUUGAGGCUCCUGGCAGUGCAAAAAUUCAUCUGCUUCUGUCUGGACGAUCUCCAGUUCGCCGAUCAAGAAAGUCUGGAGCUGCUGCAACUCAUCGUCUCAGCGCACAUUCCUAUCGUCCUGAUUGUCACACAUCGCGGAGAUGACUCGCUGACAGGCAAGACCAAGCAAAUCGUCAGCCGGGCUACAAAAGUAGAGCUGGGACCUUUCACGGACGAUGAGACUGCACAAUAUUCCUCGGAAACGCUCCACCGGCCCAAAGAGUACUGCAUGCCAUUGGUGGCAGUCGUACAGGAAAAGACCAGUGGCAACCCAUUCUUCGUACGUGAGAUGAUGGAUGCAGCGUAUCGGAAGAAAUGCCUCUACUACUGUUGGAAGUGCUCACAGUGGGAGUACAAUCUCGACAGGCUGUUCCAACAUUUCUCAAGUCCUGACGGCAGCCGCUUCUCCUCGAACGACUUCAUCGUGCGACGAUUGAAGGAGCUCCCAAUCGAUACGCAGUCGCUCCUGGCUUGGGCCGCUAUUAUUGGGAACAGCUUCUCCUACAAUAUUAUCCAACUGGUCAUGCGCUGCGACUGCUCAAGUUCGGUCCCUGCUCAUCUGAUACCUCCACGGACUGAUGAUGCGGUAGCAGCACUACAGACUGCGAUUCAAGGUUUCGUCCUGGUCACCACUGAAGAAGAGGAUAGGUUCCGCUUCGCUCACGAUAGGUAUGUCGCUGCGGCAGAAGCGCUCUGCGCUGCUUAUGACAAGGAGGAGAUGCAUUUCGUUGUCGCAGCGGCCAUGUUGAAGCAUGAGCCGUACGACCCAGUCAACUCGCCGUCAACCGUGCUGUUCACGCAAGCACAUCACGUCUGUGAGUCGCUCGCUGUCAUCAAGAAGCGAGUCUCGCAUCGUGCGUCCUACCGAGACCUGCUCUACCAAGCCGCCGAGUCCGCGCGUGAUUCUGGCGCUCGCAGAUCAGGUCUUUACUACUUCAAGUGCUGCAUUAAUCUACUGCAGGACGAGCCAUGGCGUGAUGGCGAAGACUGCAGCUAUUCCGAGACUUUGGCACUGUUCACUAGGGCAGCUGAGGCUUGCUUGCAGUCCGGCGACUUCAACUCUGCAGGCUUGUGUUUGAGGCCCAUCUUCAAGAACGCGCGAGAUGCUACUGAUAAGGCACCGGCGUCCAUCAUCUGCAGCCGCAUCUCUACGGCACAAGGUAGAGCCAAUGCUGCGUUUUGCAGGCUCAAGGAUGCAUUGGAAGAGCUCGGUGUUGAGAUUCCCGACUGCACGUGGGAAGAGUGCGACGAAGAGUUCCACAGGCAUCUCGACCUCCUUCGUGGCAGGGAGCCCGACUUCACAGCCGCCGCUACUACUACGGAUCGCACCUUAUCUGUCAUCGGCGCAGUACUGACCGAACUCUCCAGCACCACUUUCUGGAUGGAUUCUCUGCUGUUCUACCAAGCCAAUCUCCGCAUGCUCAAUUUGUAUCUCGAACGCGGCCUCUUUCCCCAGGCCGGCGUGGGCUUCGUGCACUUUGCUAGCAUCGCUGUGUACCGCUUUAGCCUCGUCCAGGUCGGACUCGAGUUCGGCAACACGGCACUUCGGAUUUUUGACCAUUUCGAAAGUGAGAUCUACACUGUCGGAAGAGGCUUGACGCUGCAUGCACUGUUUCUUGGCCAUCUCCAGCAGGAGAUGAGAGACAAUUACGCCGCGCUGAACAAAGGGCUUGAAGCGGCUGCGGCUGCUGGUGACAAUUACCUGCACAUUCUCAACAAGGGCAUCCUAGCUGCUUACCAAGUCUGGGGCGGUGGGAACUUUGCAGAGAUCGAAGCAUAUGUCCAGUCGGUCGGCGAGGAGUUUCCCGACUGGCACGAGGACAUUCGAGGUGGUGUGUUCCUUACCGGAAUCCGACAGUACUGCAGAGCGCUGCAAGGGAAGACGAACUGGAAGUCUGCAAAAGAGAUCUUCUGCGACGACAUCCACGACACCGAAAGUUACUACAGGGCCGUGGAGGCCAAGACAUCGCAUCCCAAGCGCGGCCUGCAGGUCUACAAGGUCUACCUCCUUGCGACGCUGUACCGGUUCGGACACUACAAGGAAGCGCUCGAACUGGGGGAGACGCUGCUCAACGACGCCGAGAACCUCUGGUGCAUGCGGUACACGUACUCGACAUACUUCUUCGUGUCCAUGAGCCUCCUGUCAACGCUUCGCGAGGACCCAGAACACAAAGACCAAGAAGCGAUCCUGAAGCGUGUCAGUGACCUCAAGGCUCGCAUCGAAGUCGUCUCCAGCGUGAAUCCAGUUAACUACUUCACGCUGCUGAAGUGCAUCGAUGCUGAGACCUGCGAUGCGAUGGAAAAGUACGGCUCCUGCCUCAAGCACUACGAGGAAGCCGUCAAUCACGCCAUCGUGCACGGCUUGUCGCUCGAUGAAGCGCUUUCGCUGGAACUCUACGGUGAUUUCCUGCAACGACGAGGCGCAUCAAAGCCCGCCCGAUCGACUAUCGUGGAUGCUAUCGCAGCAUACCGCAGGAUUGGCGUCACUGCUAAAGCGGAUCAGCUCGCCGACCGCUUCGCUUUCCUGCUGUACGGCACGCGGUCCCUGUCGAUGAUGGACGCCGGCACGCAGACGGAGAUCAUGGACGCGGAGCCGACUUCGUACCAACUGGAGAAGAUGGCGAGCCAUCAGAUCGAGCAGAGCUCCGUGGACCGCGCGCAGGCAUGGCUGGAUCCGCAUUCGGCUGGUACACCGCAUCCGUCGAAGCAGCCGGCGCCGCAGUUGUCUGGAGGGCUGUCGGCUGCGGGGCUGGAUAUGAUCGAUCUGACUAGUAUUCUGGAGUCGUCGCAGCUGCUGUCUUCGGAGUUGAAUGUCGAUAAGCUUUUGUCGAAGCUGACGGAGAUUAUCGUUGAGUCUACCAGUGCUGAUUUGUGCGGCAUCUGUGUCGAAGAUAAUACAGGGAGGUGGUAUAUCGCGGCGACGAAUUCUGCGGAUGGGUUCCCGACACCGCCGGCUGGGAGGCUGCUGGAAAACAUCGACGAUCCGGUUGGGAAGCAAGUCACGCUGUACACCUUACGCUUCAAAGAGCAGGUCUUCUUACGGAACGUCCUGGAUGACGAACGCUUCGCCAACGUGCCACAGUGGUGGCUGGAAGCCAAUCCGGAAGGAGUCUCAACCAUUGCCCUCCCCAUCCUGCACGGCAACAGCGUCCUCAUGGGCAGUGUCUACUGUCAAGCACCGCCCAACAUCUUCACUGAGCGCACGGUGACUCUGCUCAAACUGCUCGUCAAUCAGAUUGCAAUUUCCAUCGCCAACGCUCUGCUCUUCAAGCGGGCGGAGAAGGUGUCGGCUAGCAACUCUUCGAUGCUCGAGGUGCAGAAGCAGGCUCUUGCCCAGGCACGCGAGGCGGAGAAGAAGGCCAAGGCUGCUGAGGCGAAAGCCAUGGAGAUGGUUCGACUCAAAGACGAAGCGGCGAAGGCGAAAAGCAUGUUCUUGGCGAACGUCUCGCAUGAGCUGCGGACACCGCUCAAUGGCGUCAUUGGCAUGAGCGAGAUGUUGAAGGGAACACCGCUAAACAAGGAGCAAGAGGACCAUGCGGACUCGAUCCGGGUAUGUGCGGAUACACUGUUGAGCGUCAUCAACGACAUCUUGGACUUCAGCAAGCUGGAAGCUGGCAAGAUGCAGGUCUUCUCGGUGCCGCUGUCGUUGAAUGAGACGAUCAGUGAAGUGGUCAGGGCGCUGUCGUACACGAACGUGGAGAAGAGUCUGCAUACGAUUGAGGAGCUGGACAUCGACCCGAAGCUGAUUGUGUACGGCGAUCCCGUCCGGCUGCAUCAGAUUCUGAUGAACUUGAUGUCGAACGCGUACAAGUUCACUUCGCAAGGCCAAGUCACAGUCAAGGCGAAGGCCGAUUACGAGGACAAGGAGUCUAUCAAGGUGACCAUCUCGGUCAUCGAUACUGGUAUUGGUAUCACCGGCGAGCAGCAGAAGAAGCUAUUCCUCCCUUUCUCGCAGGCGGACUCGAGCACUGCGCGCAGCUAUGGUGGCACUGGUCUGGGUCUGUCGAUUUGCAAAGCCAUCAUUGAGAAUGUCAUGCGUGGCCGUAUCUGGCUUGAGAGUACCCCAGGUGUGGGUACUACUGUCUCGUUCAGUAUGUCGUUCAAGAAGGUCAAGUCGACAACAAACGGCGAGCCGAACGGCAAGAUCACGCCCACGGGCAGAGAAGCGGAUCCCAUGGCCAUCUUCACCCCACCCGCAGAGGAUGGCGAGAACAAGCGCCCCUUUGGAAGUCUGGCCGGCAUUCCGCGCGAUCAGUUGAAAGUCUGUAUUGCAGAAGACAACCCGAUCAAUCAGAAAAUCGCCAUCAGCUUCGUCAAGAAACUCGGCUUCAGCUGCGAAGCCUACGGCGAUGGCCAACAAGCUGUCGAUGCCCUUGGUCGCGCAAGCGACGACAACCACCCCUUCCAUCUUGUCCUGAUGGACGUCCAGAUGCCUGUUCUCGACGGCUACAACGCCACCCGCGCCAUCCGCAACCACGCCGACAAGCGUGUGCGCGAAAUCCUCGUCAUCGCCAUGACCGCCAGCGCCAUCCGCGGGGAUCGCGAGAAGUGUCUCGAAGCGGGCAUGAACAACUACCUCGCCAAACCCGUUCGCGCGGACACGCUGAAGCAGAUGCUGGAGAGUUAUCUCAACCAGCCUGAACGGGCUAUGCCGAAUUUGCAGGAGGAGGCGAACGAUCUGGUCAACAGCACGUUAUCGAAGGAGUCGCAGGAGGAUGGGGCGGAUCCAACACAUUUGGCGCCUAACGGAAAGGCUGGGAGUGAGAGGCCUAAGAGCCCAGAUCGCAGGAUUACGGAGAGGCACUUGAGGCCUGAGGAGAUGGUGCAGAAGGCAAAGGAUAUGCCGAUGGCGAAUCGGCUUAAGGAGUCUGUGAAGGGCAAGGUUGAGGGAGAGGGUGGGACGUAG